AAGUAUACUGGAUAGUGUAUUGUCACAAGUAUUGUUCUUUUGUGAACAUAUCGAAACUAUAAUUAAAACAAUGGAUGAUAAAAAAGUGUAUAAAUCGUGGAAUGGUAUUGAUUCGGGUGAAGAGAUCGUUAUAUCUGGUAUUAGCGGCAGAUUUCCAGAUUCAGACAAUAUAAAUCAGUUACGAGAAAAUCUAUUUAAUAAAGUUGACCUUGUUAAAGCAAAUCAUGAUCGAUGGAAAAAAGAUUUUCUUCCGGAUAUGUCAAGCCGUAUUGGAACAGUUGCCAAUAUAAAAAGAUUUGAUGCUAAUUUCUUCGAAUUACCUUUCGAUCAAACGCACACACUCUCGCCUGACGCGAGAAUGUUAAUGGAACAUUGUUACGAAGCAAUUAUCGAUGCGGGAAUUAAUCCAAAUCAAUUACGAGGAAAAAAUACUGCUGUAAUUAUAGGGACAUAUUUUAUUGAAGCGCAAAGACAGUUUUUAUAUAAAAAAGAACAGUUAGGUGGCCUGAAUGUUAUUGGAUGUAGCAAAUCUACAACAGCAAACAUGAUAUCAUAUUACUUGGAUCUGAAAGGACCAUCGCAUGUAGUUGAUACAGCAUGCAGUUCUAGUCUUUACGCUGUAGCACUUGGUUAUAAUUAUAUUAUGUCAGGAGUAUGCGAAGACGCGAUAAUUGGGACUGCAAAUCUGUGUUUUAGUCCAACUAUUAAUCUAUUAUACACUAAUCUUGGUGUUUUGUCACCCAAUGGUUAUUGCAAACCUUUUGAUUCCGCUGCUAACGGUUUUGUGCGUGCUGAAACGGUGGCAGUGAUAUAUCUACAAAAGGCAAAGAAUGCAAAAAGGAUUUAUGCUAUAUGUCCACAUGUUAAAGUAAACAACGAUGGCUAUAAACAAGAAGGAGUAACGUUUCCGUCAUCUUUCAUGCAGAGUACUCUACUAACAGAAUUUUACAACGAGUGCGGAAUACCGACAUCUCACUUGGAUUACAUUGAAACACAUGGUACCGGAACCAAAGUUGGCGAUUUUCAAGAAAUUAAUGCAAUACAGAACGUUUUGUGUAAAAAUAGAGAAACUCCAUUAAUGAUUGGUUCUGUUAAAUCUAAUCUCGGUCAUGCUGAAUCAGCAAGUGGCUUCACUCAAAUUGCCAAGGUAAUAAUAGCAUUCGAGAGCGGUUUUGUCCCUCCAAAUAUUAAUUAUACAACACCACGGAAUGAUAUAGAAGCCUUAGUGAAUGGAACUGUUCGUGUCGUCGAAAAACCACUGCCACUUAAAAACGGUUACAUAGGUAUAAGUGGUUUUGGUUUCGGAGGAGCUAAUGUUCAUACAUUGUUAAAGUGGAAUCACAAACAAAAAAUUAACAACGGUUUACCCAAUGACGAUUUACCAAGACUUGUUAUAUUAUCUGGACGUACUGAAGAAUCUGUAAAGUUGUUUUUAAACGACGUCGUUAAUCAUCCAAUAGAUAAGGAAUACAUUCGUUUAUUACACGACAUCCAUGCAGAUAACAUAAAAUGUCAUUUAUGGAGAGGAUUUAUUAUACUUAAUCAGCAACAAGAAUUAAUAAAAGAAAUUCAAAAUUGUGAAACCAUAAAAAGACCUGUUUGGUUUAUAUUUUCUGCUCUAGGCACACAAUGGCCAGGAAUGGGACAAAACUUGUUAAAAUUUCAAGUUUUUGCAAAAACAAUAAAAACGUGCGAUAUUAUUUUAAAACCAUAUGGUAUAAGUAUCACGGAUAUUUUAACAAAAACAGAUGAAAAAUUGUGCGAAAACGCUUUAUAUGCCUUUCUUGGUAUCGUCGCUAUUCAGAUUGGGUUAGUAGACCUUUUGACAUCCUUAGAAAUUAUUCCGGAUUACAUGAUUAGUCAUUCCGCUGGUGAACUCAGUUGCGCCUACGCGGAUAAAUGUCUCACUAUUGAACAAACUAUUUUGUCAGCAUACUUUAUUGGUUUAGCAUGUGUCGAAAAAAAAAUAAUUUGUAGCUCUAUGGCACUUGUCAGUCUUGAUUAUGAAAGUCUAAAAAAUAUGUGUCCAGCGGAUAUUAAAAUAAUAUGUCGCAAUAGCGAGAACAGCAUUGUUGUGUGUGGACCUACAGAAUCUGUACAAAAAUUCAUGAAAGAAUUACAGCUUAAUAAUAUUCAUGUGAAAGAGAUCUACUGCAACGUACCAUAUCAUUGUUCGUAUCUUGCAUCUAUUAAAACUCAACUUCUGUUAAAUUUAAACAAUGUAAUACCACGGCCAAAAAAACGAAGUUUAAAAUGGAUAAGUUCUUCAAUACCUUGUACGGAAUGGUUUACUUCAGCGGCAAGCUUAUCAUCGGCGGACUAUCAUACGCAUAGUAUAUUAAACCCUGUUCUUUUUGAACAAACCACGCAACUAAUUCCAAGUAAUGCUAUAACUAUUGAAAUCGCACCAGACAACAUUUUGCAAAAAGUUUUGAAAGAAUCCUUGGGUACAAAAGCAAACAUUGUAUUGAAUAAACGCACUGAACAAAAUAUUGAAGUACUUUUAAGAGGAAUUGGACAGCUCUACAAUUAUGGUUUACAGCCGCAGAUCGCCAGUUUGUACCCACCAGUGGAAUUUCCAGUUAGCCGAGGAACUCCUAUGAUUUCUCCAUCAAUCAGAUGGAAUCAUUCUAAAAAUUGGUUUACACCGGACUGUAAGACACAUAAGUACUUCAGAAGAGAAAGGGAAAUUCAAAUUGCACUCAAAGAUGUGGAGUACGAUUAUUUGGCCGGACAUGUAAUAGAUGGGAGAAACUUGCUGCCUGCCACAGGUUAUCUUGUACUUGUUUGGCAAACUAUUGGCAUGAUGAAAGGAUUAAUGAUCUCAUCAAUACCGAUAAUAUUUCGAGAUGUAAAGUUUAUUCGUGCUACUCAUUUGACAAAAAAUAGUACUGUGACAUUAAGGAUUGCGAUACAGAAAGAUGGGAAGUUUGAAAUAACCGAAGGUGAUAGCGUUGUGGUAACAGGCACAGCACACGACAUAUCGAAUCCAGAACAAGAAAUGACUUCGACAGAUUUAUUAUCAGAGAAUUAUGAUGAAGAAGAGCAACUGACGACCCGAGAUAUCUAUAAGGAGUUGAAACUCCGCGGUUAUCAGUAUAGUGGUUGGUUUCGUGGAAUAAAAAGUGCAUCUGUUUCAGGCAAUAAAGGACAUAUUAUUUGGAAAAAUUGGAUAACUUUUAUGGAUAUCAUGCUACAAAUGCGUCUUAUCGGAUGCGAUACUAGGAAUUUAUAUGUUCCUACGAGUAUUCAAAGACUGGUGAUUAAUCCUGAACUUCAUAUUUCAAUGCUACGAAAGAAUGUAGAUUAUACAAACGAUACGAUAUUACCCGUACAAAUACACAAAGAGAUAGACACGAUUAAAGCUGGCGGAAUAGAGAUACAAGGCCUCAAAGCUAUUCAGAUUUCUCGUCGAAUUUUAAACCAAGUUGCUGUUAUUGAGCAGUACACAUUUAUAGCUCAUCAAGAUCGCGCUAAGAUUUCUUUAAAUGAAGCGAUUCGGAUAUCAGCACAACUCGUACAGGAAGAUCAUCAAAUCACUAAAGUGAAAGCCAUUGAGCUGGUAGAAGACAUCGAUGAUGUUACAUUAGAACACCUUUCAUCUUCAUUGUUGAUUGAAGCUUUUGAGGAUGUGCCAUUAAUACAAACGAAUAUUACUCUAUUAACAUCGCCGAAUCGUUUUAGUUCAGAAGACUUAUCACAAAAUAUUUUAAUCGCUGAUAUAAACAAAUCAACUGUAAACGAUAAAGUCUCAAUAGUUGCCGGAUUCAAUCUUUUGUCUAAACAGCAAAGUUCUUUAGAACGACUUUUGCCAUUUCUAAAAGAAGGUGGCUAUCUGUUGACGCGUGAAAAGUGCGACAUAUGUGACUAUAGAAAGUAUCAGAAACAGUACAAAUUAAAUGUUAUUCUUGAAAAGCGCAGCGAUAAAGAAAUGAUUGUUCUUAUGAAGAAGAAAGUUUAUGUAAAAAAACGCAUUGUUGUUUAUAUAAAUAAUAAUAAUUUUAAUUGGUUAGAUGAUUUAAAGUCGUUUAUAAGCGACAAUAGCAAACUCGAAAAGGAUAGUAGAAUCAUAGUUGUUGGAGAGGGAGACUCCGAAUGUGGUCUAUUGGGUUUUGUUAACUGCUUAAGAAAAGAACCAGAAGGAGAACUUGUUAGGGGUAUGCUUAUUCAAGACAAGGAGGCUCCUAAAUUUUCUCUUCAAGAUCCCUUUUAUUUACAACAAUUGAAAAAAGAUAUGACAAUUAAUGUAUUGCGAUCUGAUGGAAUCUGGGGAUCGUACAGACAUUUAGCAUUAUCACGACAGGAACCCGAACCUGUUUCUACCGCUCACGUUAGCCAAACGAUUCGUGGUGAUUUGAAUACAUUUUAUUGGAUGGAAAAUAAUCGAUCUAUUGAAUCUCCUCUUGAAGAUUUGGUGUCUGUGGUUUACUCAUCUUUGAAUUUUAGAGAUGUCAUGUUUGCGUCUGGUAAAUUAAUACUUAAUACAGCUAUGUCACGGGGACGGUUAUAUGAAUAUAUUCCUCUUGGAAUGGAAUACGUUGGAUUCGAUGCUACCGGACAACGAGUAAUGGGAGUUCAUGAUACUGAUUGUAUAGCAAACGUUGUUGUAAAGAAUAAAGAUUUAUGUUGGAACGUACCUGACACAUGGACAUUUGAAGAAGCUGCGACAGUCCCGUGCGUUUAUAGUACAGUUUACUUCGCCUUAUACAUUUUUGGAAAAAUGAGAAAAGGCGAUAAAAUACUUAUACACUCUGGUACUGGUGGCAUUGGACAGGCAGCUAUUCAUCUCGCUCUCAAAGAAGGAUGCGAAGUGUUUACUACUGUAGGCACAAGCGACAAACGAAAUUUUAUUAAAAAAGUGUUUCCUACAAUUUUGGAUGAACAUAUUGGAAAUUCUCGAGAUACCAGUUUUGAACAAAUGAUCAUGCGGCAAACAAAUGGCCGCGGCGUUGACAUCGUGUUAAAUUCACUGGCGGAAGAAAAGCUAAUUGCCUCCGUUCGUUGUUUGGCACAAAACGGCCGUUUUUUGGAGAUCGGAAAGUUUGAUCUUGUUUCUAACAAUCCUCUUUAUAUUUCUGCGUUUCAGAAGGGUAUUAGCUUUCAUGGAAUUUUAUUAGAUAAUCUAUUUAUUGGUGAUCACAAGUAUAAAUCAAUAUUACGCAAAAUGAUAACUGAUGGUCUUAAGAACAGAACCAUCAAACCUAUUCAUGUAAAAGUUUUUCCGAAAACAGAUAUUGAAGAAGCUUUUAGAUACAUGGCAAGUGGAAAACAUAUGGGAAAGAUUAUAAUAAAUAUUCGGGACAGAAAUAAACCUUUAAAUGAGCCCAUUGUGGCAUAUCGUCGUUAUUAUUGUCUCAGGAAUAAAAGUUAUAUUAUAUUGGGGGGUUUGGGUGGAUUUGGUUUAGAGUUAACAGACUGGCUAAUAUUUCGUGGUGCCAGAAAUAUAGUAUUGGUUUCACGAACUGGCAUAAAAAACGAUUACCAACGCAUGAAGAUUCGACUAUGGGAAUCGUAUGGUGUAAAUGUGCUAAUCAUCAAGAAUAUCGAUGUCGCUGAUUCCGCAGGUUGUGAAUACCUCUUGCAAACUGCGGAAAGCAAAGCACCUGUGGACGCGAUAUUCAAUCUUGGUGCGGUGUUGAAGGAUGAUGUUCUAAAGAAUCAAACAGCGAAGACAUUUGCAGAGUCCUUUCAGUCAAAAGCUUGGGCGACGCAAACUUUGGACAAACUUUCCAGAAAGUAUUGCGCUAAACUAAGACAUUUUGUAGUGUUUUCUUCCGUUUCUUGUGGCAGAGGAAACGCUGGACAAACUAAUUAUGGCAUGGCCAAUUCUGUUAUGGAAAGAAUUUGUGAAAAGAGAGUGGAAGAAGGAUUACCCGGAUUGGCAAUUCAAUGGGGAGCUGUUGGUGACGUGGGUCUCGUCGCUGACAUGCAGGAAGGUGAGAAAGAACUGAUUAUUGGUGGUACCUCACAACAAAAAAUUUCUUACUGCCUCGAAGAACUUGAUAAGUUUUUACUUCAAAGCCAACCUGUAGUGAGCAGUAUGGUAAUAGCUGAAAAAAAAUCGAGAUCUAUCCGACAUGAAACUCCGACAGAAGCUAUUGCUGAUAUUUUAAAUAUAAAAGACAUGAAAGUUGUAAGUCAAAAUACAUCUCUGGCUGAACUUGGAAUGGACUCCCUGAUGAGCAUAGAAGUCAAACAAACUUUGGAACGGGAAUUUGACAUUUUUCUUACUUCACGAGAAGUGUAUAAUCUCACUUUUGCAAAACUUAGCAAAAUGUUUAAUCUAAACGUCAGUGAUAAUAAUACGCAGAAUGAAUAUCUUGAUGCAAAAGAGUUGGAUGUCAUGAUAUUGCCAGUUGGUAUUGUAAAAGACAAAGAUUUUAUUUCAGAAAACUGUUUUGAUCUUUUGACCGAAAAACAGAACACUAUAACUGAAGUGUUUCUCAUACCGGGAAUCGACGGUUGUGGAACGGUAUUUAGUCAUUUAGCUGCAGAUAUUAAAUUUUCAGCAACGUCUUUACAUUAUAACACAAAUAACAUUAAUGCUACAGACAUCAUAUUGGAGACAACUGAUCGUCUUAUCAAUCAUGUAUUAUCAAAACUAAAAGAUGGAAAAGACUUUGUAAUGGUAGGAUACUCCUUCGGGUCUAUUAUUGCAAUAGAGUUAACAAGAAGAUUGGAAGCCUUGAAUUUUAAAGGCCGUUUGGUUCUUAUCGAUGGCGCUCCAGAACAAAUAAGAAUGAUGUACAAACAUUUUACCUCAAAUUCUAACGAUACGGACCUUCAGUUUGUUGUUUUAACUAAUAUUAUGGAAAUUUAUUCACCAGGAACUAGUAAAAAGAUUGUAAUGGAAUUGGAGAAAUGUAAUACCUGGGAAGAGCGAUACGAUAUUUUUGCAAUGUCGUUUUUAGUUAUGAAUGAGUCACUAUCUCCAGCAAAUUUAAAAACGCUGUGUACUACAGUUUACAAAUAUUCAUCCGCUAUUCGGCACUAUGAUCCUUCUACUUUGCCACCAAUUAAAUCUCCUAUAAUCUUGCUAAAACCUACACAGCCGUUAAAUAUAUCAAUGACAGAUGAAGAUUAUGGUUUGCAUAAGGUUACUCAAAAUACGAUUCAAGUACAUUACGUCGACGGCAAUCAUGUGACAAUAUUGAGAAACGAAAAAGUAUCAGCUGCAAUCAAUGGAGAACCACCUUUUAUCAUUUGAGGUUAUAAUUUAUACAACAUUAUUGAAAGAUAAAAAUCAGCGAUUAAUUGUUAAAAAUUAAUAACAUUAUAUACACACACACAAUUUUUCAGUAUACUAAACUUGAAUUAAAAGAAAAGGGUAAUGGGCUGUUAAUAAAAAUUAUAAUUAUUUGUAACAUAUAAUAAAUACUAUAUAUAUAUAUAUUUGACUAGUUGCAUUGAUCUCAAAUUCAUUUUUGAUAGCACGCGUUUACGUACUUGGCGUAUCUCUAUUACAUUUUUGAGGUUUAAUUAUGUGCCGUUCUCGCAGUGGUAUAUUUUAACACAAUACGCAGAAGCAGUCGUUAAAAGUUUUUCAUCUUACAUAUUUUUAUACGUGCGAAUUUUGCCAGGGAAAAAAUCUUUAUAUCAAGGAUCAUAUUAUAUAUCGGAGAAGAUUAAAUUUUCAUUAUUAAUCGGCAUGUAAAUUUAAAACUAACACGAUGGUUGAAUGAUAUUUGAUUAAUUCAAUUGUACAAAUACGUUGUGGCCGCGUAUGGUAUUAUUUACGUAUUAUCUACGAUUUUAUACCGAAAGAAAGGACACGCGAUGGAAGGGAUAGACUGCGAAGUGCGCGGGACAAUAAGCAGAAGAUCGCGAGUAGUAACGGCGAAAGGACGUGCAGCCAAGCAUUUACGACAAAAUUCUAAUUUUCACGUUUUGCUCUAUUUUAUAAUUAAAUUAUCUGAUUAGUAGCCCUAAGAUCUCGAAUUUUUAAUCUAUAAUCUUGGAUUAUUUUGUAAUAUUUGAUAAUAUCCUUCCUAUAAAAUUUGAUCGACAUCGAUAUAAAGAUUUUUCCCUGGGAGAUAAAAAAAAUUAAUUAAAAAAUUAAUUAAUUAAACGUUGUAACGUGUAUAUCUUGGGAACGGUUGGUGAUACCGAAAGAAGGGAUAUGCGAAGGAAGGGAUACACGAUAAAAUAUGUAGUUAAAAAUGUAGUUAAAAAUUUUUUAAUUAUAUUUUAUAUAAUAGAUUGUUAAACAAGUUAUCUAAUUUAAAUUGUGAUUUUUUUAAUUGAUUUCAACAUUUAUACUUGUACAUUAGUCUUUUCAGAUCUUAUCAUCUGAAUUUAAUGCUGAGGAACUUCUAAUACAUCUUAUAAUAAUGUUAUCUUUUUUUCUAUACUUGUUCUUUUCUAAUUUUAUGGGACAAGAAAUUACAGAUCAUUAUAAUCUUAUAUUUAUCACUGCGUAAGAAACAUCGUAGUUUAUUAUAAUUGUUUUACAAACUUUAAUAACAAAUGUAAAAAUUAAUGUAACACACA